CCUAGGGAAACACCUUUUUCCGGCGGUGAGGUGAAAGCGAGCGCCUGUCAAUCCUGGCGAGGGUCGGGCCUCACGCCACCUCUCGGCAGCCUGCCGCCCACCGGCUUUAGGACCCGGCGGAGCCGGAAAUGAGGCUUGGAGGCGGGACUAGGUGAGGUCAUCGCGCACACCUGACGUAAUCAGCCCGCGCCAGCAAAAGUGAGGGCGCGAGGGCCGCGGAAAAGCACGUUUCUUGCUUGCCUCAGCUCUCACGUACCAUGGCGUCCCCCGUCCAGCAGUCUCCUCAGCCUGGCGGCGGGAAGCGCAAAGGCAAGGCUCAGUACGUGCAGGCCAAACGGGCUCGGCGCUGCGAUGGCGGCGGGCCCCGGCAGCUGGAGCCCGGGCUACAGGGCAUUCUCAUCACCUGUAACAUGAACGAGCGCAAGUGCGUGGAGGAGGCCUACAGCCUGCUCAACGAAUACGGAGACGAUAUGUAUGGUCCAGAAAAGUUUGCAGACAAGGAUCAGCAACCCUCUGGAAGUGAGGCAGAAGAUGAUGAUGUGGAGGCCGCCUUGAAGAAAGAAGUUGGUGACAUUAAGGCGUCUACAGAGAUGAGGCUGAGAAGAUUCCAGUCAGUGGAGAGUGGAGCAAAUAAUGUAGUCUUCAUCAGGACACUUGGGAUAGAACCUGAGAAAUUGGUGCAUCAUAUUCUCCAAGAUAUAUACAAAACCAAGAAAAAGAAGACUCGGGUUAUUCUACGAAUGUUACCCAUCUCAGGCACAUGCAAGGCUUUCUUAGAAGAUAUGAAAAAAUAUGCAGAAACAUUUUUGGAACCCUGGUUUAAAGCUCCAAACAAAGGGACAUUUCAGAUUGUAUAUAAAUCUCGAAAUAACAGUCACAUGAAUAGAGAAGAAGUUAUCAAAGAAUUGGCAGGAAUAGUAGGCAGCCUCAAUUCGGAAAAUAAAGUAGAUCUUACCAAUCCACAGUACACAGUGGUAGUAGAAAUCAUUAAAGCUGUCUGUUGCCUGAGUGUUGUGAAAGAUUACACGUUGUUCAGAAAAUACAAUCUCCAGGAGGUGGUGAAGAGUGCCAAGGACUCGUCACAGCUUAAUGCAAAGCAGGCAGCGCUAACAGGAAAUGGGAAAGAAGCUAAAUUGGAAUCUGGUGACAAAUCAAAUCAAAAGGACGCAGCAGAAGGAAAAAAUAACCAGCAGGUGGUACCAGGGGAUAGUGAGGAGCUGGGUCAGACAGAACCAGUAUCUGAGACACAUGUGGUGAGUGAGGGGGCCGCUAAACCUGAACUUGCAAGUCAAGUCACAGAAGGAUCUGAGUCACAUGGAAAUGACCUUUCAUAGGAAAAGAAAUCAUUUGGUGUUGGAGGUGGAUUUCUCAACUGCGGUCCUGUGAGAUGUUGCUGGGAUUCUAUAUAAAAUUGUUACUAAAAAUAUUGUUUUUGAGUUUGUGUGCUGCAUAAUGCUGUACUCACAAUAAUUGAGCAGCCCCGUUAAUAGCUUUGUUAGAGAUCUUUCAGCCCUAUAUGGCAGUGUGCAUUUGGUUGAGCUAGAAGAGGCUAUGGAUAAAUUGGUGAACACUACUGCACAGAGCGGAGGGUGGCGGGAGGAUGAUGUUGGCCUCUCCCUCUUGAUUACCUUCCCCACUCCCCCGCUUCUGCACUGCCAGCUGACUUAUGGGAGUGAGGAAGCUCUGUGAAUCGAAACUCAGAGGGAAAUUUUCAUUCUAAGGAAGGAAUUUUUGCAUUUUGCAGCUCAGCUGUCCCCUGCCACUUUGUUGUAAACAUUGCAAAAACAUGGGCCAUAUAGGUUAGAAGUGUAUUGUUUUGUGAAGUUUUUGUACCUUUUGUGAUUUUCUUUAGUUUUUAUGCCCCGCCCGCCUUUUUCUUUGGCUGCUCCGCGAGGCAUGUGGGAUCUUAGUUCGACAACCAGGGAUCGAACCCGCGCUCCCUGCAAUGGAAGCUAUGCCCAUUUUUAUGUUUUCAUAACA